AAAAAGCACCAUGAAAGACCUAUAUUAGAGCAACAAAGUCACAAACUUUGAGCUGUUAUAAACUUAAAUCAUUAGCCUCUCUAAAACCCAUUAAGCUUCAAGAUUUGUUGACAAUGAAGAAGCAGAAAUCAAUCGUUGAAUCCGAAUACAACCACUUUGAUCGUCUCUCUGAAGAAAUAGUCUUUUCAAUUCUAGACUAUCUCAAUGACGACCCACUUGACAAAAAGUCAUUUUCUCUUAUGUGCAGAUCUUUCUAUGCAAUCGAGUCUCGCCACCGUAGAACCCUUAAACCUCUCCGUUCAGAGCAUUUGACCAAAAUUCUGCACCGAUACCCAUAUGUAACCCAUCUUGAUCUGUCUCUGUGUCCUCGAAUUACAGAUAACUCGCUUCAUGUCAUAUCGGUUGUUUGUAAAAACAUGUUGAGGUCAAUCGAUCUAUCCAGGUCAAAGUUUUUCACUCAUGUGGGGCUCUCAAAUUUGGUGACAAACUGCACUAAUUUGGUUGAGAUUGAUUUGUCAAAUGCGACAGAGUUGAGGGACUCGGCGGCCGCUGCUAUUGCCGAAGCCAAGAAUUUGGAGAGGUUGUGGUUGGCUAGGUGUAAGAGUAUUACAGAUAUUGGGAUUGGGUGUAUAGCAGUUAGGUGUAGGAAGUUGAGGCUGUUAAGCUUGAAAUGGUGUGUUGGUAUUGGUGACUUAGGGGUGAAUUUGAUUGCUGUAAAGUGUAAGGAGAUUCGCAGCUUGGAUCUCUCCUACUUGCCGAUAACAAAUAAAUGCUUACCGGCGAUCUUAAAAUUGCAAUAUCUCAAAGAUUUAUUUCUAGAAGGGUGCUUUGGUAUUGAUGAUGAUGGUCUUGCAGCCUUCAAACAAGGGUGCAAGUCACUAGAGAUACUUGAUAUGUCAAGUUGUCAGAAUGUUAGUCAUGUUGGUAUAUCUUCUCUAACCAGCAGCACUGGAUUUCUUCGGCAACUUGUCUUAGCAUAUUGUUCUCCUGUGACUCUCCCUCUUGCUGAUAGUUUGCAAAAGCUUUCCAUGUUGCAGUCAAUCAAACUUGAUGGUUGCCCGGUUACAUGCUCUGGGCUAAAAGCCCUUGGAAACUGGUGUGUAUCACUGAGAGAGCUAAGCUUAAGUAAAUGCUUGGGAGUGACAGAUGAAGGUCUCUCCUCCCUGGUAACAAAGCACAAAGACUUGAGGAAGCUAGACAUUACAUGUUGCCGCAAGAUUACUCAUGUCUCAAUUUCCCACAUUGCAAAUUCUUGUGCCUUCCUCACUUCCCUCGGGAUGGAGUCAUGCAGNAGGAAGCUAGACAUUACAUGUUGCCGCAAGAUUACUCAUGUCUCAAUUUCCCACAUUACAAAUUCUUGUGCCUUCCUCACUUCCCUCGGGAUGGAGUCAUGCAGCCUGGUUCCAAGAGAAGCUUUUGUUUUGAUUGGAGAGCGAUGCCUGUUUCUUGAGGAGCUUGACCUUACAGAUAAUGAAAUUGACAAUGAAGGCUUGAAGUCCAUCUCAAGGUGUUCCAAACUCUCCAGUUUGAAGUUAGGAAUCUGCUUAAACAUAACUGAUGAGGGGCUUACGUACAUUGGCAUGUGCUGCUCAAAGCUUAUAGAGCUUGAUUUAUACAGGUUUGCAACUUGCCGUCCAUGA